AUGGAGCUCGCCCAUAGUCCCUGGCCUCCUCCGCAUGCAGGCGGCGAGUCUUUGUCACUGCGUGCGGCAGCGCCCCUCUGUGAGGCAGCCUCCUCCCAGGGGGAAAGCUGUCGUGUUUCUGCCUCCAGAGAGACGUCUUUUCCUCGCAUCUUCCGAGGCUCUCCUGACCCUUCUCGCGCUUCUUCUCCUCACUCCAAAGAUAGUUCCUUGCCCGCUGCAAAUCGCGAUUGCCUCUCUCCGCGACCGGCGCCAACCACAGCCUCUGGAGGCGCUUCUUCCCAGCCUUCCUGUGCUCCCCAGUCUCCCUCCCCAAGCCUCGCUCUUCGCACCGGCCGGGACCCUGCGUCCGCGGCGCCUCCGAAUCCGCUCUCUCAGCGUCACGGAGACAGCGUCGAUGAAGUCUUGGUCUGCAGCCGCGCAGAAGCAGAUCGCAUUGCCUCCGCGCGCCGAGCUUCCGUCCACUCCGCAUUUGCUGUCCUCCCUGGGUUGUCUCUGCGCCUCUUCUCUUUCUUUGUCGCCUUUCUCUCCGUGUUUGCUGUGCAUCUCCACAUCGCCUCACUCUCCCUGCUCGUCCGUCGCGAGGCGCCGGCAGACUACCGCCCAAAUGUCCCCUCCGGUGCGGCCGAAAGCUCAGAGACCCCAGGCGGUGCGUUGCGAGAGACGGAACUCGCCGAGCCCGCGCCGCACGUGCUUCUCCGGGAUCUCUUUCCGCGAGCGUCGCCCGCUGCCUCCGCCGCCCUCCUCGCAAGUCCCCCGACCGGUGCGCAUCUGCCAGCUUUAGUGCGCACUCAAAAUGGAGCGCAGACGACUGCCGAGCCAGCUCAGGAAGCGUUGCUGACCACGCUGCUCCCUCGAGGCAAAGGGGCGCGCGACACCCCCGCCGCCUCCCUGUCUUCCCGUCCGGAAGCGAAGGAGGCCGCGUUCGCCUCGGAUUCGCCGAACGGGUUUUCUUUCCUAGACUUCUCGUCCUUCCGUGCUGCGUCGGCCCUUUUCCCCCCCUCGCUUCUGACCUCUCCGUCGCCCCUCCCGGCCGCCUGGCCGUUCGCCGAGGAUCUCCUCAUUGCCUGGCACCUCGCCUGCCAGGCGCUUGGCUGUCUCUUUUACGGCUUCGCUGCGGACUUCCGGGGCCGGCGCUGGGUGCUCUCGAGAGCCCUGAAACUCUUCACCGUUGCCUCGCUCGCGUUCACUGUGUGUGCACUCCUCACGGCGCGGAUGUUUCACCAGGACCAGCCGGUGCCUCCUCCCCACGCGUCGUCUCUCUCGCAAGCAGGCGCAGCCUCGUUCGACCAAGGGCCGCCUCAUAAGGCCAACGCCUCCGGGAACACCGCACAGGCCGUCCAACCUUACGUUGCGGGGAGUGGCGGGGGCCAGGCGCGUGGACGGUCCGAAGUGAAGGAGAAAGGAGCGAGAGCAGGCGAAGCAGCGACCGCCAGUGUUGGGCCAGUUUGGGGCUGGAAUCAGAGACGGCUGUCGUUCGCGGGCUCCUCGGAACGGGUUCCUCUCGCUGCGCCGCGUUCCCCGCCUAGAGACCCCAGCACAGUCGGGGGAGAGACCAGCGAACACUUGCCCCGGACGCAGGCGGAGACGCAGGUUGCGGCGCUCGGCAGUCCACCCGAGACUGGCGCGGAAGACGUGGGGAAUGCCUCGCCAGAAGACGUCCAGGAGACGCGCACGCAGAGCGAGAACCGACUGGAGGAUGCGUCUCCUGGGCUCGCUGCGUCGCCAAGGGCUGGCGCUUCGUUCGCGGCAUCAGAGGAGUCCCAGAAAGGCGAAAGGCCCUUUUCUCCGGGAUUCUCCGAUGCGGACGACGCGGAGCCAGGGAGCUCCGUGCCGAGCUUCCGCAAUCCUGCGCCUCGGUCGUUUUCGCCCGCCCUAGCCCUGAAUUCCCUCGCCGGCGUGUCGCCAGGAGCGGCGGGAAGCAAGUGGGGUUUCAUGAACCCUGACGCGUUUCCUCCCGUUUUCUCUUGGCAGACAGUGCGAGACUUCGGGGACUCUCUCUGGCGCUCGACCCUCGCGAGUUUGGAACGAGCCUGGAAUGUACUAAAGUCUUCCUCACUCGUCGCCUCUGUUGUGCUCCUCCCCUUCAUCGUCGCGCCGGUACUGGCUCUCCUCUUCUUUUCCUUGGCUGCUGCCGCUUGCGGGGGAGUCUUCGUCGUCUCCCACUGCAUCUGUUUCGAGGCGGCCGCAUCCUUCCGGCUGUCUCUGCAUCCCAAGGCGGCGCAGGCUGCCAGCCCUCCAGGCUCCGCUCAGGAGACAGUGUCUCCUGGGUGCCUGUCGCCUGUGAACGGGGACAGCUUGAGGAGGCGGGUUCCUGGGGGGCGUGAAGCAUUAGAUUCGCCCCUCCUCGCUCCUGCGUCGUCUCGAGCUCGCCAAGGCGCCUCGCUGUCUGUGCUCGCUUGGCGGCUGCAGGAGCUCCUGGCGGCCGUUUGCUCACCGGUGCAUGGCCUGUUUCGGCGGCAGCUGGAGACGCCGCAUGCAGUCAGUCGGUUCGCCUUCUCGUCCUCCCCGUACAUCCCCAUUGCCUAUCUGGUGGCGAUACAGAUGGCGGCGCAUUUCUUUCUUCCUGUUGUUCUCUCGGCCUUUCUCUCGCAGGCUGCGCCGCCUGCGUCUGCAGUCUCCAUUGCACCCUUCCCCUUGUUUUGCUUAGCUGCGUCUUUUCCGCUUCCCCUCUGCCUGCUCCUUCUUCUCAUCACAGAUUGUAUUCUCGCAGAAAAUCCGUACUUCCUCUCUCAACGCGUGUCUCUUCUGAAGGCGUUGCGUUCGCGUGCGCCGGAAACCAAGAGCCCGCGCCGCAGGACUACGAAAGUCCACCCUACUCAGCCUGCCGGCGGCGGCUCUUCCGACCUGUCCCCCGUGUCUUCUGUGGCGAUCCAAGUCCACUGUCCACCCCCGUCUUCCGGCGCAGGCUGUGGACAUGCGACUUUGAGUGCCGCGCCCUUCCGCACGCAAAGAGACUCGCCAGCGAGCUCUCUUCCGCGAGGCGACGCUGCUGAACCCGGCGGCGUCGAGCACCCGCCUGCGUCCUCGUCCUCGCUCCCGGCAGCGUUUGAUUCAGAGGCGCUCGGAUCUGCCGUUCACAGACUGUCUCUGCCAAACCCUGAGAGGGCCUCGCAGCCAAGACGCAGCACGUCGUCAAGUGAGCUGUUGGCUCCGCUUCUCCCAGCUGACGGUGGAACCGGAAAUUCUGCUUCAGGCGACGAAGCGUCGGUUUCUCCGAGAUCCGAAGCAGCUGGUUGGUGUUGCCUAUCGUGUUGCGUCCGUGCAGGUUUUUCGUGUCUGUGUCCGUGUGCGCGUCGCUCCAGUGGCGAUCGGGGGACGUGUUGCCCAUGUACCGUUCCCCUGGCAGCGAAAAGGUCGAUUCCGGUGUACAGACAGUAUCUGAAAACCAGCCGCGUGACUUCGCUCUGGGGCGUCACUGCCCCGGCUGCGUUCAUCGGUGCCGCGUUCUCCCUGCGGGGCUUUUUCCGCUUUCUGCUGCUGGACUGCGUUGUCCUCGAGGCCACUCAGCAGGGAUUCGCGCAGAACGGGAGCCCGCCUGUCUUUUCUCCAGGACAGGCACAGACUAUGGCGGCUCUCGCUCCGCUCCUCUCGGUUGAUUUCUCAUGGUUUAAUGCCAUCUUCCCUUCUGCGCCAGGCGCCGCGCCGAUCGCUCCGGGCCCGAUCCAGUCGGAAAUCGGACCUGAGCUUCAUCUCUUUCAACUCUGCAUCCCCGUGAUGCUUGUUCGCGUCCUCACAGCGAUUCUCCCGGUUUUUCUUCUCUCACUUCUGCCACCCAAGCCUCUGCAGAUGGUGGGAGGCAUUGUGUGUGGCUUCAUGAGCUUUGGCAUUGCCUUGACGCUGACGACGCUCAGCCAGCGGUUUCCGUCGAUCCCCCCCAUCUCCGCUUCCAAAACCGCGUCGCUGCUCUACGAAAUUGUCUUCUGCUGGUGCAGUUUCGCCCCGGCCUUCACUGUCGCUCUCCUCCCUCUCCAGGGGUUCCAUACAGGUGUUCGCGGCGGCGCGGCGGCCGCCGCGUCUGCCUGCGUCAGGGCGGGGGCAGGGCUUGCCAUUAUUGUCGUUCAGUUGUUGUUUCGCGUUCCCUCGUGGCGGAACUUUCCGGAUAUCUUCUCGAACGACGAUCCCUCUCUAGGUUCCCCUCUUGACUCCGCUCCUGCGGCGGAGCUCUCGUCGACGACUACUGUCUCCCCGCCUGGGAGCAUGCAGAGCGGAGGGCCUCCGACGGAUACCGGAUCGGUGGGUCAGACCAGCAGUGACGAUGCAUGCUCGGCAGAGGCAGUUGCGGCUGCCAUGUUCGCGUGUGGGUAUUAUGUGAUAGCGGCGGCUCUGACUCUAAUGCUCACGACGCACGUUCGCCUUCCAACUUUUUUUGGAGACCAGUUGAUUGAGGAAGAGGAGAGUCUGCAGCAAGGUACGACUGCCGAGGCGACUGGGCGCAUCGCGGGCCGGAACAAACGAGGAGCCCGGCCGGAGCUCCGCCGCCUCGUUUCGCAGCGGUGGGGAGCACAGUGGGUAGAGGGUGAGGAGGAGGGCGUCGGAGUCAUUCUGGAUCGACUGUAUCUUCACCUCGUCACGCGCCCGGGAGAUAACCGUGGGGGCGAGCUGGAAGAGGAUGACGAAUUUGAAGAACUCGCGGACGAAGUGCGCUUCUCAGGAAUCACGAGUGAGCAAUCCAUUUCACAAACGAGCGGCACGGCGGGAGGCGAGAAAGACAGUGAACGCUGCCGAACUCAGGUGCUGCGAAGCCGUAGGACCUACCUUUCUCCCGACUGA